ACUUUUUUUUGUGGCCUCAUUAAGCCAACCAUAGUUACCGCUACGUGUCCGAAAGACAAACCAAACCACCUUGUCAUUUGUCUAACACGUACUCCUUUUAUCCGAAAAAACUUGUCCCUCAAAUGAAUGUAUCUAAUAUCUAACAUUAAGUUAGUGCUAAAUACAUUCAUUCGAGAGACAAGUUUAGGACAAGAUUUUUUUGGAGGGAGGGGGUAGCUGCAGCCGAAGUUCCAGAUCGCGACCGUUGCAAGUUUAUUCAGAACCUGGAGCUGGAAGCCACGCCACGCAGUCACAUGAACCCAAAUAAGGGAUCGAAGAAAAACGAUUAAACGAGCGUAGCUCGCACUCUCGCCAGUCCGGCAUCCCACCGGCGCGUCCCUUUCUUUCCGGUAAACACCAUUCACAACGUUGCUCUUGCUAACCGGUUAAUCUAAUCAGACGCUGCUUCCGCCCCGCAAUGGAGACGAUCUGAUAAAGACACAUGGAGGAGCGUACACAACGGCACAUGAUGUCGCUUUUAAGGACAGCGGUUUUGUCAAACUGAGGAACAAGAUAAGCAUGCAAAUAUAUGGAAGAUUGACGGAGAGAUGCAGUAUUGCAGUUGAGUGAUUGACUUGUCUCCGAGAAGCAGUGAGAACUGGUUCGUUCUACUUGGCAACUUGCGUCUUGGAUCGUCUGCCUACUUGUGUACAGCCUUUGCUUUAAACUCUACUCUCAGCGAAGAUCAGUUUGCGCGUCUGCAUGGCGCGGAUGGCGGUCUCCGUGCUCUUCCUCAUCGCCGGCGUCGUGCUCAUGCUCGCGCUGCACGUCCUCGUCAUCGUCUGGGCGGUCCGGCGGGGCGCCGUGCUGCGGCUGCGCGGCGCGGCGCGGGAGCGGGACCAGGAGCAGGCGGAAGCGGCGGGUCUGACGGCCGACGAGCUGGGCGAGCUGCCUUGCCAGGACUUCAAGGCCGCCGCCGCCGUGGGGACCGGCGCCGGCGAGUGCGCGGUGUGCCUGGAGGCGUUCCAGGGGGGCGACCGGUGCCGCGUUCUGCCGGGGUGCCACCAUGGGUUCCAUGCGCAGUGCGUGGACUCGUGGCUACGCCAGAGCCGCCGGUGCCCGGUGUGCCGCGCCGAGGUGGCCUGCCGCGGCAAGGCGGCCGACGCGGUGGUUGAUGAGACCGCCACCUCGGAGAUCGUCGCUGAAAGACUGGGAGGUGCAGAUCGCUAGUGGAUUUUGUUUGACCGAGACUCGUGUGCCGUCGUUGAUUAGCUUGUGAUUUUUUUAGUAAGAUUAGCUUGUGAUUGUACAUACAAGUAAUCCAUCUAGCAUUUGGAGUCGUCCUUUGUGAUUUUUCUGAUUUCAUUCAUUCCAUACAUAGAUUUCCUGUUUGAUAUAUAAUACCAGAAUAGCUAGCUAAAUAUUUUUCUAUUUGAAAA